GGAGGUUGGUUGGGUCACGCUGCAGCCCCAGCCGGAUGUUUUGUUGCGUCCGUCUCCGGCCCAGGAUGGAAGGUUUUGCUCGUUUUAGCCCCGAACUGGUGCAGCGGCGUCCCUGACCGGGCUCAGAUGAGUGGAGCUUUGUGAAGGAGCGCUGCUCGGCCCGGUGUGCUGGAUGUCUGUGACGGAUCCAUGGGCCAGAAGGACCAUGUGGAGGCGGGAGCAGUCCUCGACCUGGCGCCAGACCUGGAGUAUCUCCACGUAGCAGGGGCCGACCGGCAGGCUGGCGGCCUUGAAGGACCCCCUGCUAUGGAGGAGCAGGCGGAGAGCUUCGCCACCACCACCACUGCUGUUUGUUCCCCUCCGGAGGAGAGCGGUGGGUCUGAUGGCGAGUGCAAGACGGCGCCGCCGGCCACAGCAGACUCAGACGGAGGAGAGGUCAGCUACACUUCCAGUAAAAACACCCACCAGCCGCUGUGCCGCACGCCAUGUGUAGAUCUGGGCACGGAGGGGCCUCCGGAGCCUCCGUCGGAUCCCUCAGGAGAACCGGAGCGGGAACCGGCCGAGCCUCCGGCCGACUGCCCCGCACCAGAACCAGAGCCCAAGCUGGCGGGGAAGGACUACCAGGCGAAGCUGGAGUUUGCCUUGAAGCUGGGUUACUCUGAAGAGACUGUGCGCCAGGUGCUGUCCAAGCUCGGACCCGACACCCUCAUCAACGACAUACUGGGCGAAUUGGUCAAACUGGGCACCAAACCUGACAGCGAGCAGCCAGCGGGAAUAUUGACUUCUACCUCAUCGUCUUCAUCAUCCUCGUCUUGUGGCUGCUCUGAUGUGCUAGAUGGGCAGAGAUCGGACUCUCCACUACCCACGGAGUCUGUCUGUGACCAGGACAACCUGCGACCGAUCGUGGUGGACGGCAGCAACGUGGCCAUGAGUCAUGGAAACAAGGAGGUGUUUUCCUGUCAGGGCAUCCAGCUGGCUGUAGACUGGUUUGUGGAGCGCGGCCAUCAGGAAAUCACGGUUUUUGUGCCUGCUUGGAGGAAAGAGCAGUCCCGCCCUGAUGCUCCAAUAACAGAUCAGGAGAUCCUGCGGCGCCUCGAGAAAGAAAAGAUCCUGGUCUUCACCCCCUCACGGCGCGUCCAAGGCCGGCGCGUGGUCUGUUAUGACGAUCGCUUCAUCGUCAAGCUGGCUUAUGAGUCAGAUGGCAUCAUCGUCUCCAAUGACAACUACAGAGACCUGGCUAAUGAAAAGCCUGAGUGGAAAAAGUUCAUAGACGAGCGGCUGCUCAUGUAUUCCUUUGUCAAUGACAAAUUUAUGCCUCCAGAUGAUCCUCUCGGACGUCACGGCCCCAGCCUGGACAACUUCUUGAGGAAAAGGCCAAUCCUGCCUGAGCAGAAGAAACAACCCUGUCCAUAUGGGAAAAAGUGCACGUAUGGCCACAAGUGCAAGUACUACCACCCUGAGAGAGGAGCUCAGCCUCAGCGCGCCGUGGCCGAUGAGUUGCGUGCCAGUGCCAAGAGUUGCGUCCCCUCCAAGAACCAGGGGGAUGCUGGACUGGUGAAGAGCCACAGUGUGCCAGCUGGCACCAUCGAGGCAAAAAACGGUGCCCCAAAAAGGCAAUCGGAUCCCAGCAUCCGAGCUCUGUCGUACAGUGACGCUGAGGAGAAGCUACUAGUGAAAAGUAGACUAGAAAGCCAGAAGAGCAACAUAGGUGGGAGCAGCAGUAGCAGUUCUAGUAGCAACAUCAGCUGUAGCGGAGGUUUAGCUGUUUCUUCAGCCCUGGCAGGACCGUCACCUGGUUUUGGUCUUUUGCAAGACCAACAGUCCAGAUCAGGGACACAUCUACCGGCCCCCAGCCAUGAUCUCUACCCUCACUGUGAGACUCCAGACUUAAGCUACUACUCUGUGACACGGGCCUACUCUGGUCUGAGCCUCUCCUCCCGACGAAGCCCGGACUGCCGCUACCCCAACGAUCCGGAGCUGCGGCUCGGCUCGAUGGGCUCCACAGGUUCUGAAUGUGGGAGUGAAAGCAGCAUCAGUUGUGGUAGCAGUGACUCAUAUAGUGACCGAUCCUGUCCCGGAUGCCCCCCAGAACCUUUAUUAGAAGAAAGCGUUCAUUUGCCCAACCCCUCUGGCCGCCUGUACGCUCAUCACAUCGCUUCUAACCAUGAGCUGUGCGGUCUGCAUGCGGCAGAUUACCCAAGCAUCCAACACAACCACACCUCUAAUCCAGCCGUUCAUUCCUACCAUCUGAAUGCUGCGUGUGGGCAGAGCUGUGUUCAUGAGCAGCCUCCACCAGAGGGACCCCCUAAGCGACCCCUUUACCCUCUGCCUCCUCACCUCCAACACCAGCCGCUAGCUGCCCGCUCCAGCUGCCCCGGCGACUACCACUCUCUGCCUCAGUCCAACCGUCAGCCCCCUGGAUCUCCCAUUGGCCGCUGCCUGGCCCCCACUCGCAGUGAAAGUGUGUCCGACUCGCAUCUGUAUGAACAUCUCUCUGCGUCUCACCACCACCAUCGACCGAAAACGCUGCCCAGCUGGGAGACUUAUUACAGACAGCCGUCACUCCCACCAUCAAGGUAUGAGCCGUCAGCCUACCAGAGUCUGCCUGACACGCAUCAGUCGUCCUGGCACCCCGCACCGUGGCCUCACGAGGGCUACAGCUCGUCUCACCCAGCUCUGCACCCGUCCCCGACACGUUACCUAGGCCACCCGCCGCCACCAGCCCUCUCACCCCACCCUCCUUACCCGCCUCACAGCUCCCAUCUCGCUCUUCUGUCACACCCUCCUCCUCCGUACGGGCCGCAGCACCCGGACUCCCCCGUGCACUGCCGCUAUGAAGACGUGAGGGAGAAGGUGUACGUCGACCUUUGCAACAUCUUCCCCUUGGAGCUGGUGAGGCGUGUGAUGGCUAGGAGCCCCCAUGUCACGGACCCCCAGCAGCUGGCUGCCGCCAUCUUGGCAGAGAAAGCGCAAAGUGGCUACUGAAGAAUCCCCUCCCGUUUGGACAAGCAAAAGAAAUUAGUCAAGAACUUUUAAGCAAUGUACGUGCAGUCUUAAAGGGGCAGUAUUAUAUAUUUUCAGGCAUAUAGUAAUUAUAAAAGUGCUCUAUUUGGGUGUCAAAUAUGACUUAAAAAAACUUUCAUUUAAUCAAACAUGCAUGAAAGAAUCAAGGCAGCUCUCCAGGUAUGU